ACUUCACAGCAUCUUGACCGUCAAAGUGUCAAAACAUUAUGGGUCUAUGGAUUUCUACUUUCUAUUCAGACUACGUUCAAAACACAUUUUUUUGCAAUUUGCAUCUAAUCUUUGGAAUAAAAACAGUUUCACCAGACAAAUCAAACAACACAAAGAUAAAUAAGUCAAUCAAUCAGAAUCUGUUCAAAAAUUUUGACAACAUUGAAUCAAACUACUCGGUCUCAGCAACUGUGUUGAUGUGUUCUUCGUAAAAUAACAUAAAACUUUUAUGCAGUUUGCAUUGUGUGCAAUUUUUUAAAAUACUCAUCUAUUUAAAUUUACCGAUAUUUUCAAAUUAAUCACUUUUGCACUAAAAAUGCCGCGCGGUAAAGCACUAACAACAGCAGCGGCAAAUGUUCGUUUUAAAAAUACGAGCAAUAAGCCUCAAGAAGCAGAAAUAAAUGAAACUAUCAAAACAGAAAAUAUAAAAAUAAAGAUUGAAGCACCAGAACCACAAGAAGUCGCACUGAGUCCCAAUAAAAUAGACUUGAGUCAAUUUAAAUUUCAGAAGAAACCACACGUUAAAAUCGAAUAUGAGAAGGAUUCACCUGAGAAAGCUGAGAAAGAAGAAGCAAAGGGUUUAUGGGAGCCACCUCAUUGGAAAGAGUUCCUGGUGAACUUGAGGAAUAUGAGAUCCAACAAUGAUGCUCCGGUUGAUACCAUGGGCUGCCACUUAAGUGGAGACCAAAAAGCUGCUCCUGAGGUAUACAGAUAUCAAUGUCUGAUAUCACUGAUGCUGUCCAGUCAGACAAAGGACCAAGUAACAUUUGCAGCUAUGGAGCGUCUCAGAGCCAGAGGGCUAACUGUAGACAAAGUAUUACAAAUGAGUGAUGAUGAACUGGGCAAGCUGAUUUAUCCUGUAGGCUUUUGGAAGACAAAAGUUAAGUACAUCAAGAAAACAACACAAACUUUAAAAGAACAGUAUAAUGGAGACAUACCAGACUCUGUAGAGAAGUUGUGCAAGCUAACUGGUGUUGGACCUAAGAUGGCACACAUCUGCAUGCUUGUAGCUUGGGAUAAAGUCACUGGGAUUGGUGUUGACACUCAUGUUCAUCGAAUAAGCAACAGAAUAGGCUGGGUAAAGAAGCCAACUACUACACCAGAAGAAACUCGGAAAGCCUUACAAACUUGGUUACCCUUUGAUCUUUGGAGCGAAGUUAAUCAUCUUUUGGUAGGAUUUGGUCAAACUAUCUGCCUGCCCAUAGGUCCCAUGUGUCACGAGUGCUUGAAUAGAGACAUAUGUCCAUCAAGUAAUUUGGGUAGAAAGUCACCCAAGAAAACCCCAGUGAAGAAGGAAGCCAAAAGUGAAAAUUCAGAUGAUGAAUUUGAAGUUAAACCACCCAAAAGUAGAAAAGUCACUCCAAGAAAGGAGUUAAAUGAUGAAACGGUAAAAUCAGAGGCAAAGAAAGAAAACUUAAAUAUUAAAAAUGAAAAUGAGAAAAAGUCACCUCGAAAGAGGAAGGUAACACCAAAAAAGGCAGAUCAAGUUAAUACAGAUAAUAUGCAUGAUUUUGAAGAAACAUCCAAUGUGGUAGUGAAAGCAGCACCUAAGAAAAAAGGAACUCCUAAAAAAACAAAAAUAGAUGGUGUUGAAGUUAAAAAUGAUAAGCUGACAGCUCAAAUUGCUCCUCAGAAGAAAAAAACUCCACAAAAGAAAACACUAUCAACAAAUAAAAAUAGUGAUGGAGACGGUGAAACUAUUGUACAGAAUAAUAGUGAUGAAAAUAUUGUGUUGCAAGAAUUGACAACUAGAACUAAAAACACUAGAAACAAGGCAGAAGGGACACGAAAGUCUGCAAGAAAUAAAGCAGUUUCAUAAUAAAAACAAACAAUUCAAAGGAUAAUGUUUUAUUUAGUUUUUACAAUGCAAGUUGGCUGUUUAUUGUUAUAUAGUGGGUAAUGUAAGUGCCUUAGUUUCAUACAAAGGUGUUUUGUAUUGUUUUAAAUGCAAUGCCAGUUUGAUUUUAACUCAAAUAUUAAUAAAGUAAAACAAUCAUAGAAUAAGUUUGAAGAAUCAAGCCAUAAAUAUGUGAAUUUACCUCAUUAUAUUUAAACUGUUCUGUUAAUCAAUAAUUUUGUUAUAAAAUAAAUCAAUGUUUUCUCCUA